AUGGCCGACCCACGACACAUCCUUGCAACAGCUAAGGAUGAGCAGUUCAACCUUGCUGGCUGCGGACUUUUCGCUCAGGUCUUCUUUGUGGUUAAAACAGAGAUUGCUAUAAAGGUCCCGGAUGAGCCGGGAGAAGCUGAUGCCAUCGAGAAGCGGAUCUAUGAGCGACUGGGCAUCCAUCCGUAUAUUCUACGCUGCUUUGGAGAAUGUGACUCGAUAGUUGGGCGAGACCUUGCACUUCAGUAUUUACCCUUUGGCACACUGGCUAGGAACCUUGCACUGGAUAGAUUCCCUGUGCAGAGAGUUGACUGGCCGAUGCAAGCUGUGGAAGCAAUAAGAUACAUCCACUCUAAGGGAGUUAUCCACUGUGAUAUCAGUGUCAGCAACUUUCUUAUCCAGAAUAACGGCACGCUUGCCCUAGCAGACUUUUGCGGAUCAAUUCUAGAUAGCUCAACGGCAAUAGUAUCUACAUCAACUAGAUACUCUAGGCCAUUAAGUCUAUCCGAACGCUCAUCAAACUCGACUACGAAAGACGACAUCUUUGCACUCGGCACCAUUUUAUAUGAGAUUGGUGUUGGACAUAUACUAUAUCCUGAUAAACCUAAUAGCGAGAUUUACAUCCUUUUCCAGAGACGAGAGUUUCCCAGCACGAUAGAUCUCGACUCAGGCUUCGUGGUCCAAAAGUGCUGGCUGGAUCGGUAUGACACUGCUGGAGAUAUCAAGGCUGACUUGGGCGUGCAUUAA